AUGGCAGCCGCCAUGCAGGGGCUCAUGGCAUCACGUCGCUUUUCAUUAACAUACAGUAAACUACUACACGGGAUAUUCCGAAGAGGGUAUGCACAGGAUGAACUUCAGUUCCCCUCUGAUAUCAACAUUGAAGAAGAAGUUUUACAAAGGAUGGAAAAGGAGAAUAUUAAGAGAAGAAAACAUCCAGGUCGUUUUGCACAAAAUAAAUUGCUUCCUCUGCCUACAAAGUUAGUGGAUGGUGUAGAUAUAGUUAUGCAAAAGUAUGGCAGGAAAUCUACACCGGAGGAAGCAAAGAAACUGGACAAUAGUAUUACAGGUCGCCAUCCUCCACCAGAACCUGAAGUGUUGCGAGAAAAAGUGUCCAUGAUUAACCAAAAACUGGAUAAAAAAAAUAAAAGAGAUCCAUCAACUAUGAGCGAGGAAGAACGACAAACAUUUCUGGUAAACAGAAAAAGUAAAAUACAGCAGAUUCUCCGACAUACCACUCACUUACAGAAAUCUAUAGACUACACAGGUUACAACACCAUAGUCUAUCUCCUUGCUCGUGUGUCCAAGAAUUACAAUAUCAUUCGCACCUGUCUGUCUGAGAUAGAGAAGAGAGAUCCAGGUUUUUUGCCAAGUGCUGUCUAUAAUUUUGGAAGUGGACUUGGAACAGCAGUAUGGGCGUCUAACACUGUUUGGGGGUCAGCUGUGAAACAGUAUUAUUGUCUGGAUCCAGCUACUGAUAUGUCAACUCUAGCACGACUCUUACUACAGGAGGGAGAUGAAUUCAAAAAGAUGGUGAUACCUGGAGUAUUUUUCAGAAACAAGCCACCAUCUCAUACCUCUCUGCCGUUUCCACUGGUUGUAAGUGCUUUUACAUUGCUUGAACAGCCCAGCAAGAUAAAACGUCUGGAGCUCAUCGAGCACCUGUGGAACAUGACGUCUGAUUACCUGGUGUUGAUAGAGAAUGGUACAUAUGCAGGUCACACUGUGAUACAGGAGGCAAAAGAAUGGCUACUACAGUCACCGUUCGAACCUCAAUCGCGCACUACUGCUGACGAAGAGCCUCAUGUCUUUGCUCCGUGCCCUCAUGAUAAAAAAUGCCCAAAGUUUGCCAUCAAGGAUUUGAAAAUUGCUUGUACGUUUAGUGCCAGUUUUGAACCUCUUAAGCAAUACAAGACUGAUUUGAACAAACUGACAACUUCAUACUCAUAUGUGAUUAUGAAACGAGGAAAGGUGAACACUCCAGAUGCGAAGUGGCCACGAAUUGUCCAAGCAAUGCCUCAGAAUGACCACCACACACACUGUCGUAUGUGUUGCCAUGAUGCUAGUAUUAGACAUUAUGUUGUGAGCAAGAAGAAAACAAUGAGACCAGUGUACGAGAUUGUCCGACGUUCUCAUUGGGGGGACAAAAUACCAAUUGACCUUACAGAUGCCAGCACAAAAGGAGCACUUUAUUAUUCUGAGGAAGGAGUCAGGUACAAAGGAACACAAAAAAGUAAGAAGAAGAAAGCUAAACCCAAACAGACAUCAAAGGACUCCUUACUAACAAACUUGAUGCUUGAUAAUUCUGAUCAAAUGGAAGAUAUUAUGGAGAAGUGGAAAGAACAUUUCAUUCCUGCAGAUUCAGAAGGAAGUGGAUGUCAGUCAGAAUCUAUUAACUUGACAGAAGACUCCUCAGAUCAGGAAUAUACAACAGACAACCUAAACAGUUCUGUGAAGUUUAGCAGAGGUGAUUCUGUUCACCAGGACAAUUUUAUAGACCCUAAGAAAGAUAGCCCAACUUAAUCAAUUUAUUUCACACAUGAUAGAAUAAAAGAGAAUUGUAUCAACACA